UAGAGAUAUUGGGCUGCCCAACAGCUAUGUUAUUCCUGUAAACAACCUCAGAGUUUUCACUUUACUUACAGUCCAGGUGCACCAAGGAGCUCAGAACAAAAGUUCUCUUUAGGCAAGUGUAGGAGAAUCCUGAUGUCAGCAGUAUGGGGCAUCAGGUGAUAAUACUCGACUUUUCGGCCAUAAGAGGUUUGUGGGAGAUUCGGGUUAAGAAGCACAAAGAACGGGAAAAAAAGGAGAAGGAAAGAGUAGCCAAAAGCGCAUUAGAGAAGAUAAGGCAAGAAUGGGACAUUGUGCUAGAGUGCAGAAGAAAAGGCAUUCCACAAGCUGCAUAUCUGAAUAAUGGUUUCAUAGAUACGGACAGAAUUUUGGAUAAGCUUGAAAAGAACUCACCACUCAUUAAGAAGAUUGCAUUGUUGAAUGAAACAGAGAAAGAAAGAAACAAGUUUAUUUUUCAACUUUCAGGGGAGCACUGGACAGAAUUUCCAGAUUCACUGAAAGAACAAACACAUCUAAAAGAAUGGCAUAUAAACAAUACCAAGAUCGUUACCAUUCCAACCUACAUCGCCUUAUUUCAGGAGCUGAGAAUACUGGAAUUAUCCAGUAACCAGAUUACAGAUCUUCCCAUUGAAAUCGGUUGUUUAAAAAACCUGAAAGAGCUCAAUGUGAGUUUUAAUUGUUUGAAGACUAUCCCUCCAGAACUGGGAGACUGUGAGAAUCUGGAAAAACUCGAUCUGUCUGGAAAUCUAGAAUUAACGGAGCUCCCAUUUGAACUUAGUAACUUGAAACAAGUGACAUUUGUAGAUGUGUCAGCAAACAAAUUCCCUUCAAUUCCAAUCUGUGUGCUCCGAAUGUCAAGUUUGCAGUGGCUGGAUAUGAGCAGCAACAACCUCAAAGAUCUCCCUCAAGACAUAGACAGGCUAGAAGAAUUACAAACUCUUCUCCUGCAGAAAAACAAGCUGACCUAUCUUCCACACGCUCUGCUCAACCUGACAAAACUCAGUUUACUGGUUGUGAGUGGUGAUGCUAUUGUUCAGAUGCCUACAGCUAUCUGUGAAUCAACCACAGGUUUAAAAUUUAUAAGCCUCAAGGAUAACCCUCUUGAAAAAACCUCAAUUCAAGAGAUUGAAGAAAUAACAGAAAAUGAACGUGAUCGUGAGCUGUUUGAAAAAGAAUUUAUGAAGGCCUACAUUACAGACCUAAGAGAAAGAGAAGCCGUUCCUUGCUAUACUACAAAAGUAUCACUUAGUAUCCAAAUAUGAGAACUGGAAUUCAUACAUCACUGAGACUAUGAAGAGCUUAUUUUGACAAAACAAAUGGGAAAACAUCAUCAGUUUUUACUGUCAACAAUAAGGACUUUCAAACAAAAAAAGUUGUCAAUGUCUAUGGUAGUUGAUGCAUAAUGGAAGCUUUAAGUGACCAGACUUAUCACGUGAUCGUUGCAA